GGGAGGAGUGGGGAGGGAGGGGUGGUGGUCCCCCCGCCCCGGGGAGAUACCCGACGCCAGCUCCCCGGGCUAGCGAGGACUUCGCGGCCGCACGGACCCCCCGGAGUAGGGGUGGGGGGAGGCACGGCAGGAGGGGAAACAGCCGCUUCUUCUGCCCGCCAAAACGCGUGGGGUGACGGGACGGGACCGGCCAGAGCCGCGCCGACCACUCGCCCGGCUGUCGCCAGCCCGCCGCGAUGCCCAGUGACAACCCGGCCUUCAGCAAGCCCCCGGACGUCGCGGGGCCGGGGGACAAGGCAGGCGGCUUCGGGAAGGCGGCAGCGCCCAUGGCGGCCGUCCCGGCGGACAGGGGUGCCGGCGCGGCGGGGAAGAAGCGGCCGCGUAUGCCCAAGUGUGCCCGCUGCCGCAACCACGGCUACUCCUCACCGCUGAAGGGGCACAAGCGGUUCUGCAUGUGGCGGGACUGCCAGUGCAACAAGUGCAGCCUGAUCGCCGAGCGGCAGCGGGUGAUGGCAGCGCAGGUUGCACUGAGAAGACAGCAAGCUCAGGAAGAGGAACUGGGAAUCAGCCACCCAGUGCCCCUUCCCAGUGUCCCUGAGACAUUUCUUAAGAAGAACAGCGGUGGCAGCUCUUGCCUCUCAUUGGAAAGCAGCAGCCCUAUGCACUCAAUGAGUACAGCCAUGACAGCAGCUAGUACACCAUCAGAGGGACGGAUGCUCAUUCAGGACAUCCCUUCCAUCCCCAGCAGAGGGCACUUGGAGAGCACGUCUGAGUUGGUUGUGGACUCCACCUACUACAGCAGUUUUUACCAGCCAUCCCUGUAUCCUUGCUAUAACAACCUGUACAACUACUCCCAGUACCAAAUGGCGGUGGCCAAUGAGCCUUCCUCAAGUGAGACAGGGGGUACGAUUGUAGGGUCAGCCAUGAAAAACAGCCUUCGAAGCCUCCCAGCAACGUACAUGCCAAGCCAGUCAGGAAAACAGUGGCAGGUGAAGGGCAUGGAGAGACACCACACUGUCAGCUCCCAGUACCGCAUGUGUUCCUACUACCCACCUGCUUCCUACUUGGGGCAGGGAGUUGGUGCUCCCAUGUGCCUUCCCCAAAUCCUGACCUCUGAGGACAUCCCCUCCUCCUCGGAGUCAAAAGCAAGAGUGUUUUCGCCGCCCAGCAGCCAGGACUCGGGCCUGGGGUGCCUGUCCAGCAGCGAGAGCACCAAGGGGGACAUGGAGUGCGAGCCCUCCGCACAGCCCAGCAACUUCGCGGUGAGCCCCGUCCAGGAGGGCGGCGAGUAGUUGCGUUGCGGCGGCCCUCGCCCAGGGCAGGGCGGUGCAGCAGCAGCGUUCUCAGUUUGCUUGUUCUGCUUAGGGGUUGCGGGGGGAGGGCGUGGGGGCGUUUGUUUUCUUCUUUCCAGGAGCGGGGCGGGAUGCCAGCUUCCCCGGGCGCGGCCGUGGGGCGCUCCCCGCCGCCGUCUGGGCCGGCUGGCGCAUCGGUGGCCGGGAAGCAGCGCGGAGCCUCCACCGCAGGCCUGCAGCGCUGUCGGGGCAAAGCCGGAGAGAGCGUCGCCAAAAUGCGGGCAGGGGCUCGAGGUAGAAGGAGCCAAGAUAACCGGGUGUCCUGUACCGGCCCCUCCCUGGGAAACAUCAUGCCGUUAUGUAUUUCUAAUGGUUCCUUACAGGCUGCUGCUCGGUCCGGGAGUUUUCUUCUCAUGUUGCCAAAUUAACAUAUUUUGCAUAAUACAGUUGAGUGCCUUGCCUUAGAUUGCAAUCUAAACUGCAAGUAAAUACGACCCUUAAAAAGUUGCCACGGAUUUUGGUGUUUGUUAUUUUGUUAAAAAUGGCUUAUGGUGUUGUUUUAUUGUGUUACCAAAGCCACUCCUAAAUGAAACUAGUCUAGAAAAGUUCAUUGUUCUCUGUAGUUGUAGCUGUACCUGAAAUAAAAAUGUUAUUGAUGACUGAA